CAUGGCGCUGAAGGUGGUGAUAGCUGCUGGCGGUGCUGCAAAGGCAGUGUUCAAGCCAGCUCUCCUCUGCCGUCCUUGGGAGGUUCUGGGUGCUAAUGAGGCCCCCCGGAGGAGCAUUUCCUCAGUAAGUACCUGCCUUGGAUGUGUGUUUGCACAGGCACGUACAUAUACAUGUGAGGGAGAGAGCUGUGCUCAUGUAUUUUGUGUGUGUAUGUGUAUGCAUGAGUGCGCACACACAUAAUGUAUAUGAGACUGUGUGCACUAUGUAUAUGUGCCCGUGCACACAUGACUGUAUGUUGCUCCCUGGCCCUCCUGUUCUUCCCUCUGAGGCACAGUCUCCAGAGGUCACUCACACCUCCCCUCUGAGUUAUGCUAAACAGAGUCCCCAGGGAAAAGAACCCAGUUCCCUGGUCACAGCCUUGUUCUUCCAACCUUGGCUGAUCCAUGUCUUCUUCCUUUCUGUCUUCCCUCUAGCAACAAACAAUUCCUCCAUCUGCUAAAUAUGGUGGGCGGCAUACAGUGACUAUGAUCCCAGGGGAUGGCAUCGGCCCGGAGCUCAUGUUGCAUGUUAAAUCAGUAUUCAGGCAUGCAUGUGUGCCAGUGGACUUUGAAGAGGUACAUGUGAGCUCCAAUGCUGAUGAGGAGGAUAUCCGAAAUGCCAUCAUGGCCAUCCGCCGGAACCGUGUGGCCCUGAAGGGCAACAUUGAAACAAAUCAUAACCUGCCACCAUCCCACAAAUCCCGAAACAACAUCCUUCGCACCAGCCUAGACCUCUAUGCCAACGUCAUCCACUGUAAGAGCCUGCCAGGAGUGGUGACCCGGCACAAGGACAUAGACAUCCUCAUUGUGCGGGAAAACACAGAGGGAGAGUACAGCAGUCUAGAGCAUGAGAGCGUAGCAGGAGUGGUGGAGAGCUUGAAGAUUAUCACCAAGGCCAAGUCCCUUCGAAUUGCUGAAUAUGCUUUCAAGCUGGCCCAGGAGAGUGGGCGUAAGAAAGUGACAGCUGUGCACAAGGCCAACAUCAUGAAACUGGGUGAUGGGCUCUUCCUCCAGUGCUGCAGGGAGGUGGCAGCCCGCUACCCGCAGAUCAUCUUUGACAGCAUGAUUGUGGAUAACACAACAAUGCAGCUGGUAUCCAGGCCUCAGCAGUUUGAUGUCAUGGUGAUGCCUAAUCUCUAUGGUAACAUCGUCAACAACGUCUGUGCAGGGCUAGUUGGAGGCCCGGGCCUUGUGGCUGGGGCUAACUACGGCCACGUGUAUGCAGUAUUUGAGACAGCUACAAGGAACACAGGCAAAAGUAUUGCCAAUAAGAACAUUGCUAACCCCACUGCCACACUGCUAGCAAGUUGCAUGAUGCUAGACCACCUCAAGCUCCACUCCUAUGCCACCUCCAUCCGCAAAGCUGUCUUAGCAUCUAUGGACAAUGAAAAUAUGCAUACUCCAGACAUUGGAGGCCAAGGUACUACAUCCCAAGCCAUCCAGGACAUCAUUCGUCACAUCCGCAUCAUUAACGGCCGGGCUGUGGAAGCUUAACUAUCCUUGCAGUUAUCUCAGCCUAUCCAUAGGACCCUCUUCUCACUCUAGCACUCCAGCUAGCAUGGUGAACAGGCUCCAGAAUAAAGCUACUUCUGCCCCAGAA